AUGCCACCUGCUAAAGGCGAUUCAUAUGCAGCACAGAUCAGUUCAAAUAUUUUCAAGCUGACCAAUGCUCAACCAAUACCAUUUGAAAUUAUGCCAAUUUUUGGUUUAUUUAAUCAAGCAGCGUUAUUUCGUUUCUUCGACCAACAUCAAGCAUUAGGAGUUGAUAUUGCUCCAUUUGUAUUUGGUAUGAUGGCACAUUCAGCAAUGAUGCUUGAUGGUGUGGAACUUUAUAAUCCCGAUGGCACCGGUUAUAUUACAUCAAUCAAUUUAUUUACUCAUCUAAUUGGUGAACCUGGUACAAACAAAUCUGGAUUAUUCCGAGUGUUCAAAAAUAGUAUUAAUGCAUUACAAAAAAUAUUUCCUCACUUCUUUUCAAAACCAAUUGUCGAACUUGUAAAUGGAAGAGAAACUUUCAGUACAAGUGACUUGAUAGCAAACAACGAAACAGAAUUAUCAUUAUACCAACGACUCUCAAAACGAGAGAACGUUUUUAUUUUGAGCGAUGAACUUGAUGUCAUCAAUACACGAUUUGGUGUUUAUUUGGCUGGUGGAACGGAAAAUGAUGCGAAAACGGUCGCAUCGAAAUUGCUGUGUCAAGGUUACGACGUGUUGAAAAAUGCUUCUCGAACAACAGGAUCAUCGUCGUUCUUUAUCAAACGUGGCUCCAUAAAUAUCUUUGGAGCAUCAACUGGCAAUUUACUAUCUUCAGUGUGUCGUCUGUAUAACAGUGAUGUAAUGUCCGAUGGGACAAUUAGCCGAUAUUUAUUUGUAACAACUUCGGUUCAUAAAACUCCUAAUACGAUACCAUCUGAAAUUUUAUCGGUACAACCAAAUAUCGUCCAUGUUUUAAUUGUACUUCGUCUAUUGGCAGAAUACAAACCAAUUUUUGUAUUCAGUGAACAUCAAUCGCCAAUUGAUUUACCAAAACUAAUUACUGUUCCACCGGAUAUAGAAGAAGCAAGAAAAAGUAUCUCAAAUCCAAUUCCAGCAACGGAACCAAUAUCGAAUUUAAAGCCACGUGUUGUUGUUAAUGUUAAAGAAACUGAUACUGAACAGGAUGGAUCAAUAAUAUCGGCUUACGAUGCCAUUCGUCGUAUCAUUGAUGCUGAAUAUCAAAAGUCAUUACAACGUGAUACCAAAGGACAACCAACAUAUACACCUUUACAACGAGCGUUCCAGUGUAAGAGCAGCGACAAAUUAGUUCGUUUGGCCGGAUUAUGUCAAGCAAUGUCGUACGCAAUUCAAUUAUGUUCUGAAUGUAUUAAUAUUGUUCGAUUCGGUGAUGGUCUUUAUCUCAAAGAAUAUAUUGAUGAUGAACAAAUUAAUUGGUUAAUGAAAUUUCAUGACAAUGUCAAAGUUCUUAUUGAACGAGAUAUUACAAUGGCUCCAAAAUUUGGAAGUGAUCAACGUCCAUUAUUUAUUAUUGAAAAACCAGCUGUACAUGCUUCAAACAUGUUGUAUCAAUACAAUUCAUCUACGAUUUCAGCACUUUUUGAUGGUACAACACCAACUAACAAUGAACCAAUAACAAAUGUUGAUAAUAUCUCAAUCAGCGAUCAAUUAUCAAAUGAUGCUUUUUAUGAACACCAAUCCAUAUUGCUCAAAAUGAAGUCACCUAUUCUGAUUAAAGCUUGGUUCAAUAAUGAAAUUACUGGUCUUCCAUUUACCAAGAUAUUUAUUCAUUAUCGAAAAUCAAAAGCCAAAAUGUCAAAACUUCAUCAAGCUAUUGAUGACUUAGUUCGAAGUGGUAUUCUUAGAAAAGGUUUUCAAAAUACUCGAUACAUUGUUACUGCACGAAAAGAAACUUACUUAAAAACAUCACCGGCUACCAUUCGUGGUAAUACCGACAUGCUUGAUUAUCUUCAAUCAAUUGGCAUCAAUAUUGAUACUUAUGAACAUGUAUAUCUGUCGUCAUCAUUACCAAUGAACAUGGAAUUGACUACAUUCGCAAUCAAUUCUAUUCUAUUCAACGAUGAUUAUAUUGAAUACUGUCAUUUAUUCAAUGACGCUCGUAUACAACAAGAGAUGGAAGAACGAUUAUUAAAACAUGUGGUCGAAUACAGAAUGUCAUUUGGUCGAAAACAAUACUAUAUACCACCAUCAUCUCAAAUUGCUGAACAAAAUAACAUAAAUAUUGAAAACAGUCAGCAUUAUGAUGAUGAUCAAACUCCAACUAAUAAUAAUAACAGCAAUGAUCUAUUAUCAACUGUAAUGUUUGAACCACAUCGACCAAUUAAUAAUUCAUCACCGAAUACGAUUUCAUCUCAUUCUGAAAAUUCUUCUCUUUUAUCUGAAAUAUUGAAUACAAAUAAUCUUACUGAACCACAAAACAACAGCUUUAUUCACCAAACAACUGAAUAUACUUAUCACGAUCGGAACGAACUUUUACCUUCAGUUGAUGAUAUCAUGAACCAACUAACAAAUGUCCUCGAUUAUGAUCGAUCAAAUACCGCACAAUCUGAUUCAACAACGAAGACAACUGGAAAUGGUCGCGACAAUCCGACAUCUUCUCAUCAAGCUGAACCAACAACAAACACUUAUACACAAAAUCAAAAUCGAUCCGUAUUACCCAAUGUUGAAUUAUUAUCUAAUAAUAACAACAACAAUACUCCUUUCCAUGCUGAAUCAACAUCAACUGAUGUAGCUACGUUGUUAGAUAAUAUGAGUUCUCAACAAACAUUGGAACUACUUUCUGGCUUCCUUCGAAACAAAAAACAUUUAUUAAAACGAAUUAUGAAUGAAGAAAAUAAUGACAUUAAACCGAAACGAUCAAGAAACAAUGAAAAUGAAGAAAUAACAUCACCAUUUCUUGAUAUGAAUUUAAAUGAAUCAUCUUCAACAACAUCUGUACAAACACAAUCAAACACUACUCUCAGUGAUAAUCAAAUUAUUGAUGAAGAUUUGCAAGAAGCCUACCAGAAAAUAAUCUUAAAUGAUGCUGUUGUUAUGUCACGAUCGGACAUUUGUAACAAACUCAAGCAUACUAAAAACAUAUCAAAAUUACGCGAUAAUAUAAUUUCACAAUUAGUUAAUGAUGAAUUAUUAUUUAAAGGUGAUUGGUUUGCAUCGAAAAAAGUAAACGGUGAUAUUGAACUUGUACCAGGAUUUUUAAAAGCAUUUCCAAAAACUAAUCUACAAAAUCAACUUGAUUUUGCUCGUUUAUUAGCAAAAUACAAAAUACAUUACAAUGAUUAUGAAGAAUCAUUUAAGAAGAACAAAAACGAUGUUUUUCCUCGAACACUUACAGUUGCUGAUGUCAAACACAAAACAUGGUUAUUUUCAAAUGUAUUAUCGAUUUAUAUUCAGAAAAAUGAUUUUCUUAAUGAACGAAUAGUACUUGAUCCAUCGGCAAUCAUUCAAGAAAAUAAUACUCCACCUGUGCGUACCAAACGUGAUCGAAAGCCAAAACAACCUUAUUCACCGUCAGACAACAAACACUAA